AUGAGAGAAAUUAUACAUUUAUCUGCAGGUCAAUGUGGUAACCAAGUUGGAGCUGCAUUUUGGGAAACUAUAUGUGAUGAGCAUGGUUUAGAUCCAAAUGGUAAUUACCACGGCACCGAUCCAUUACAGGAAUCGAGGUUGAAUGUUUACUUUAACGAAGCUUCCAGCGGCAAAUAUGUUCCAAGGGCAGUUUUAGUUGAUUUAGAACCAGGUACAAUUGAACAUGUCAGAAAUUCCCAAUUUGGUAAUCUAUUCAGACCUGAUAACUUGAUUUUUGGUCAAUCCUCCGCUGGUAAUAACUGGGCAAAGGGGCAUUAUACUGAAGGUGCUGAGCUUGUCGAUUCUGUUAUGGAAGUCAUAAGAAGAGAAGCUGAAGGAUGUGAUUCUUUGCAGGGUUUCCAAAUUUCACAUUCUUUAGGUGGUGGUACUGGUUCUGGUAUGGGUACUUUGUUGAUUUCUAAACUUAGGGAGCAGUUCCCUGACAGAAUGAUGGCCACCUUCUCAGUUGUUCCAUCUCCAAAGGUGUCAGAUACUGUUGUUGAACCUUAUAAUGCUACGUUAUCUAUCCACCAAUUGAUUGAAAAUGCAGAUGAAACUUUCUGCAUUGAUAAUGAGGCACUAUAUGAUAUUUGUACUAGGACUUUAAAGAUCAACCAACCAGACUAUGCCCAAUUAAACAGAUUAGUUUCUUCGGUAAUGUCAGGUGUCACUACAUCUUUACGUUUCCCAGGCCAAUUGAAUUCAGACUUGAGGAAGUUAGCAGUUAAUUUAGUUCCAUUCCCAAGAUUACAUUUUUUUAUGGUAAGUUAUGCCCCAUUGACAGCCGAACGUUCCCAAUCUUUUAGAUCUUUAACUGUUCCAGAAUUAACACAACAAAUGUUUGAUCCAAGGAAUAUGAUGACUGCUUGUGACCCAACUAAAGGUAGAUAUUUAACAGCUGCAGCAUUCUUCAGAGGUAACGUUUCAGUCAAAGAAGUUGAGGACGAAAUGCACAAAGUUCAAACUAAGAAUGAUGGAUAUUUUGUAGAGUGGAUUCCAAAUAAUGUUCAAUCUUCUGUUUGCUCUGUUCCUCCUAGGGGUCUAGAUAUGUCUGCUACUUUCAUUGGUAAUUCAACUUCUAUUCAAGAAUUAUUCAGAAGAGUUGGUUCUCAAUUUUCUGCCAUGUUUAAAAAGAAAGCUUUCUUGCAUUGGUUUACCUCCGAAGGUAUGGAAGAAGUCGAGUUCACUGAGGCAGAAUCUAACAUGAACGACCUAGUAAGUGAAUACCAACAAUAUCAAGAUGCAACUGGAUUAGAUGAAGAAGAUAUUGAUUUUGAUGAACAUGAUCAAAUGAAUGAAUUGUAA